AUGGAGGAAUACCCGGAAGAGCUCAGGACGCCGCCGGUGAGUCUGGUGGCUCUCUUCGGAUACUCUGACCUUCACGCGUCCAUUACUAAGCAUCUCCACUCCCAGCAGCCUCCCAUCAACGCUCUGGCCUUCCCCGACUUGUCCCAUCUCUCUCUCCUCCUUGCUCAUGAUGAUCAAAUCAGCCGGACCUCCUCCUUCCGAGAUCCUCUCAGCGUCUCCGAUUCUUCUUCUCCCGAUCCUUCCAGAUGCGGCGGCAUCUUGAAACGGGACUGGUUGCUUAAGCAUCGCACCAAGGUCCCUGCCCUUGUCGCCGCCUUCUUUCCCUCGCAUCACAUCUUCGGCGAUCCAACUCAAUGGCUACAGGUCUGCUCCGAUCUCGACAGCCUCAAAUCCGUAAUCCGUCCCAAAAACAUCAAACUGGUGGUGAUCGUGGUCCAAUCUUCUCCCCAGGAGGAAAUUAGCGAAGAUCGUCUGGUGGCAUUGCGAAAGCGGGCAGAGUUAGACUCUAAGUACGUGCUCUUCUUCAAUUCCAGCAUAGACUCUGAACUCACCCUCUCUCUCUCGAGAAUCGCUUCUGCAUUUGCAGAGUUAGCGCUUGCCUAUUACAGAGAAGAAGGAAGGAGGAUCAAAAGUCGAAUUGAGAAAAGGAGUUCCAAUUCUCUUGAUUUGAAUGUUCGCUACUGUUUCAAAGUCGCUGUAUAUGCAGAGUUUCGUAGAGAUUGGGGUGAAGCAUUGAAGUUUUAUGAAGACGCGUACCAUUCCUUGCACGAGAUGAUUGGGACAUCAACUAGGUUGCCUGCAAUACAACGCUUGGUCGAGAUCAAGACCAUAGCUGAGCAAUUGCAUUUCAAGAUAUCAACGCUCUUGUUGCACGGUGGAAAGCUCAUAGAAGCGGUAACAUGGUUUCAUCAACAUAAAGCAUCAUAUGAGAAGGUUGUUGGAUCCACAGACUUUAUAUUUCUCCAUUGGGAAUGGAUGAGUAGGCAGUUUCUUGUCUUUGCUGAGUUGUUGGAGACAAGCUCAGCAACUGUUCAGAGCUUUUCAUCCUUAAACCAAGGAACUGCAGAAAUAUCUUUGACUGAAUUUGAGUUUUAUCCUGCUUAUUAUUAUCAGUUAGCUGCUCAUUACUUGAAGGAUAAGAAAUCUGCCCUGGAAUUGUUGCUGUCAAUGUCUGAAACAGCUCGAGAGAUUGAUAGCAGCUCUGAGUCCAUUACUCCUUCAGUCUAUGUGGGUCAGUUUGCUCAGUUACUUGAGAAGGGCGAAGCUUUUACACUUCACUCUAUAACAGAUGAGGAGUACACAUGCUAUACAAUUUCAGAAGCAAAGAGAUUUCAAGAUUCCUUUGAAAUUAUUGCUUGGCUGAAGAAAUCGUAUGAAUCAUUUACCAACCUUAAAGCCCGGAGGAUGGCUGCUCUUUGUGCCUUUGAAUUAGCCCGUGAGUACUUUGGUUUGGCUGAUCCCAGUAACGCAAAAUUCUUUUUCGAUAUUGCUGCAAACUUGUACAGACAAGAAGGUUGGGUAACUUUGCUCUGGGAGGUGCUGGGUUACCUGCGAGAGUGUUCAAGAAAUCUUGGUGCCUUUAAAGAUUUUGUUGAGUUGUCCCUUGAAAUGGUUGCACUACCUGUAACAUCUUAUGACGAUUCUGGGAACUUGGGAAACAGAAAAUAUGGUCCUGGCGGUCCUGCAACUAUUUCAGGAAGAGAAAGUAUACAUCGAGAAGUUUUCACUCUUGUUGGUUGUGAAGCCGAGCUGAGAUCAUCUACGAGAGAAAGUGGAUUCACAUUACCCAGUGAUAGUCCUCUUCAUCUUGAGAUUGAUCUCGUCAGUCCUCUAAGACCUGUUCUACUAGCUUCGGUUUCUUUUCACGAGCAAAUGAUCAAGCCUGGUGCUUCGUGCUCUAUUACAGUGUCACUGCUUUCUCAUCUACCUCUUCCAGUCGAAAUAGAUAAUCUAGAAGUUCAGUUCAAUCAAUCUAAGUGCAAUUUUGUCGUCAGGAAUUCCCAGAGGCCUCUUUGGGCUUCUGCGUCUAACACUUUGCCAAGUGUUAGCCAAGUAGAGAAUGAGCCGUCACUGGUGCUUGUGCCGAAUAAUUGGUUAAGGUUGACAUAUGCUAUUAAGUCUGAGCAAAGCGGCAAGCUUGAGUGUCUUUCAGUUCUUGCGAAAUUAGGGCCUCUUUUCACAAUCUGUUCAAGGGCCGAAAGUCCUGCUGCAAUGGAGGAAUUGCCUGUCUGGAAGCAUGAGAAUUGUGUGGAAUCUCUGCCAAUAAAGGACCCAGUUCUUGCAGUCUUUGGCCAGAAAGCUACUCAAGUUGAAGAACCUGAACCACAGGUGGACGUCAGUCUAGGUGCCUCUGGUCCUGCUCUAGUUGGAGAAGACUUUACAAUGCCUAUUGCAGUAACUUCAAAGGGUCAUGCCAUAUACAGUGGUGAAUUGAAGAUUAAUCUAGUCGAUGUGGGUGGUGGUGGUUUGUUUAGCCCAAGAGAAGCAGAACCAUUCUCUUUGGAAAGCCAUCAUGUUGAAAUCUGUGGUAUUAAUGGAGCAGAGGGCAACGAUGAAUCUGAGUCCGAAACAGGGAACAUAAAGAAAAUUCAGCAAUCAUUUGGAUUGGUUUCCGUUCCGGACCUCAAGGAAGGGGAAUCAUGGUCCUGCAAACUAGAAAUCAGGUGGCAUAGGGCCAAGCCUGUCAUGCUUUUUGUGUCAUUGGGUUAUUUGCCACAUGGCAGUGAAGCCAAUGCCCAGAAAGUUCACAUACACAAGAGCUUGCAAAUUGAAGGGAAGAUGCCUCUUUUCAUUAGCAAUCGAUUUAUGUUGCCAUUUAGAAGGGAUCAUCUAUUGCUCAACAGAAUCAAGCCAGCCCCUGAUUCUGAAGACACGUCUUCUCUGCCGCUGAAUGAAAAGAGCGUGUUAGUUGUCAGUGCCAAAAAUUGCACAGAGAUAGCGCUGAGACUGGUGUCCAUGUCCAUUGAACUUGAUGAUGAGCAAGGGGAAACUUCAUGUUCGAUUCAGCAGAGUCGUGGGUGUGGAGAUGACUCAGGAUCUGCUAGUCUUGCGCCAGGGGAAGAGUACAAAAAGGUUUUCACAGUCAUACCAACAAUGAAAACUCCAAAGCUUGGUUUGGGAUCAGUACAUUUAAAAUGGAGAAGGCAGGGAGGAAACACAACAGAGGCAUGUGUUUCAACAAAGCACAAACUUCCUGACGUAAAUGUGGAGGCAUCACCACUGGUAAUGAGUUUGAACUGCCCUCCGUAUGCCAUUCUUGGAGAACCCUUCACUUACGCCGUUAGAAUCUGUAACCAGACACAGUUGCUCCAAGAAGCAAAGUUUGCUCUGGCUGAUGCACAGAGUUUUGUCCUGUCUGGGUCUCACAGCAACACGGUUUCAGUCCUUCCCAAGUCAGAACACGUCUUAAGUUAUAAGCUAGUGCCUCUGACUUGCGGUCAACAGCAACUCCCGAAGAUAACUUUGACAUCAGUGCGAUAUUCUGCUGAGUUUCAGCCAUCUGCGGUUGCUUCAAGUGUCUUUGUGUUUCCCUCAGCGCCACAGGCCAACAAAGCCAACUCUACCGCCAGGUAG